GGCCAUGGCCCCGCCGCUCUGGGCUUCGUGCCUCUUCCCCCUGUUCCUGGGAGGCCUCGCUCAGCCGGCCCCGAAACCGCAGACCAUGAGGAUGGAUUGCUAUACGGGGGUGACAGGCACCAUCUACGAGUACGGUGCCCUCACGCUCAGUGACGGGGACUACAUCCAGUUCAAGCAGUACGCGGGCAAGGUCGUCCUCUUCGUCAACGUGGCCUCCUACUGUGGCUUGACAGCUCAGUAUCCUGAACUGAACGCACUUCAGGACGAGCUGAAGCACUAUGGCGUGGUCGUGCUGGGCUUUCCCUGCAACCAGUUUGGAAAACAAGAACCAGGAAAGAACUCAGAGAUCCUUUCCGGGCUCAAGUAUGUGCGUCCAGGUGGCGGCUUCGUCCCCAGCUUUCAGCUCUUUGAGAAAGGGGAUGUGAAUGGAGAAAACGAACAGAAGGUCUUUACCUUCCUGAAGAACUCCUGCCCUCCGACCUCUGAUCUUUUGGGCUCACCAGACCAGCUGUUCUGGGAGCCCAUGAAGGUCCAUGACAUCCGCUGGAACUUUGAGAAGUUCCUGGUGGGGCCCAACGGGGUCCCUGUCAUGCGCUGGUUCCACAAGGCUCCCAUCAGCACCGUCAGAUCGGACAUCCUGGAGUACCUGAAGCAGCUAAAAACCAAGUAGAAAGGCCCAGAGGCCGUCAGAAAUAGCCACCUGCCUCCCACCUGAAGGACAUGGUUGAACACUGGGUCCAUCUUUGCUCCACAUGCCUUCCUACCCAGCGUCCCUGUGACCCCCCGCCAUCCUGGAUAUGCGUGCGUGUUGGUGUGCGUGUGCUCGUGCGUGUGCUUGAGAACAAGGCCACGAAAACCUAUCUCCCCAACUCUCUGCUCCCCGAAUAUCAGGUUUUUUCCACUGCAUUGCAAAGGAAAAGCAGAUUUCCGGGUAGAUGGCUCAGACUACCAAAUAUCCCUGAAAAAGGUGAUCCCCAGGAGUUCUGGCGUCUGUCCUUCCCCAUCGUGGAGGUUUGAAGAAAGCAGGAACUGGCAGCAAGACCCUCAAGACCCCCUUCAUAACCUCUCCUGUCCUUGAAGAUAGCCCUGGGGUGGAAGCUCUUCCUCUCCCAAGUGAGGCCUUCUGUCCCCCACACCCUGCACACUCCUACAGGGCCUCUGAAGUCCGGGUGAGGGUGGAAACCUGGGGUCCCUGAAGGAAGGCAACUCCCUGAUGGAGGCCCCCGGCCCCUCUGGGUUGGACCUGCCCAAGCUCCCUUGGCCCCUGUCCCUUAGUGGUUCCAGGGCAGGGAUGUCCCUUCGUUCUGAAGUUGGGGCUUUGUCCUCACCCUGAGCCUCCCCCCGCCACCCACAUACCUCUUCUCAUCACUGACUCAAAUAAAGGAAAUUCUGCAGCA